GUCCGCGGCUGCCUCCCGGAGCCCUGGCUCGCCUCGCCUUCUCCGUCGCCGCUCCCACCACCAAACCCAAGGAAUCCCGAUGAGAUUUCCGGCUCGCUACGCUUGGCUUGCCGCUGCUGCCGCUGCCGGCGGCGGCGGCGCGGAGCUCGCUGUUGCUAGCCCGACCAAAACCCACUUCCUCCCCACGCGGCGCCACAGCAGCGCCGCCGCCGCCACCACCGCCACCACCGAGCCUCCGCAGAUGGCGCCCACCGCCGACGGCCCCACCCCUCCGGGGACGUCGCCGUGGGUCAUCCUCGGCAGCAUCCCGCGCGUCGCGCCGCCGGGCGGCGUCGGGGCCGACGACGAGGCCGGCGCCGACGUGUCGCUGGCGCUCGCGGCGCCCCCGCGCGUGUCGCGCCUGGCCGUCUCCGAGCGCGUGUUCCCGGACCGCCCCACGCCGCAGAGCUUCCCGUUCGUGCUCGCCGCGGACCGCUCGGGGCUCCUCCUCCUCUCGGCCAUCCUCUCCACCCCGCCGCGGCGCGUCGUGAUCGACCGCCCGGGCCACCAGUCGGUCCACUGGGAGGACACCGACCCGCGCUACUACGUCCUCGACGCCGCCACGGGCGCCGCGUCCCGCCUCCCGGACCCCGCCCCGCAGGAGACCAUCGAGCACCAGGCGCUCGUUGGCCUCGUCGCCUGCCCCGGCGCCGCCGGCGGCGGCGGAGGCUUCAUGGUCGCCGAGCUCCUCCCGCUCAUCGGGAGCGACAAGGCCCACCUCCGCUGCUACUCCUCCGACGUCGGCGAGUGGGUCGACAAGCGCGUGCGUUACCCGCUCCCGCCGCGGCCCCUGGCGCCGAUCUGCACGAUCUCCCACCAGGGCAAGCUCUGGUGGGCCGACUACUCCUGGGGCAUCAUCACCGCCGACCCCUUCGCCGACGACCCCGUGCUCCGCUUCGUGCCUCUCCCCCCGGGCUGCGUGCUCCAGUGCAGGGAGGCCUGGGGUGUGCUCGACGAGUUCCGCUACCUCGGGGUCAGCGCCGGCAGGCUACGCUUCGUCGACACCUACCGCCGCCGCGGUGACCCCACCAAGGUCACCGUCUGGACCCUGCCCGACGCCGACGCCAGGGAGUGGAAGCUGGAGCACGAGGCCACCUUCGCCGACAUAUGGGCCGACGACUCCUACAAGGCGACUGGGCUCCCCAAGGAGCCCCCCGUGCUCGCGCUCAUCCACCCCCACAACCCCGCCGUUGUCUACUUCUUCCUCGAGGGCCACCUCUUCGCCGUCGACGUGAGUGUCCGCAAGGUUGUCGACUGCGAUCGCUACAAUCUGGUGGCGCCUCCCCAAUACUACCCCAUCUCCAAUCGGUUCAUCCGCGCCUGGGAGCUGCCGCGUGCGAUCUCAUCAGAUCCGGGGAAUUGGUCGACUGACAUCAGCUCGUCUCAAGAACCAACUGAAGCGCCACCAACCCGGGAAGUGCCAUCUCCCGGGGAUUACCACUUGGUCGGCAACACAAGGCAGACAUUCAUCGGAUGACCCGAGGAGCAAGGUUUAGCUAGCACUGCUGGACUCGAGUUGUGGUAUGAUGGCAUGUUUUUGCUGGGGUGUGGCAUGCUCUGUGCUGGUGACAUGUGUUUUGGGUGUCUUGUUGCAUCUCCGAUUCUGUUCAUCGGAUGCAUGCUGUUGCAACCCUAUUAAUUUAUGCUUACUUAGCUGUAUGGUAUGAUCGAUCCUUGCUUUGGUAGAGCAAUGUGCUCGAACAUCAGGGCGUGACUUGGAUCAUGCUUAAUUUCAGUGAUUUGCACCGUAAUGCUAUGAUAUGAUCUAUGCUCU